AAGGAAUGGGCAAGACCUGGGGUGGCCCCACGGGGCCCCGCCGGCAGCCCGGACGUGCCUGGAUCCGGCCACGGCGCGGGGCCGAGCUGCGGGGCCGGGCUGAGCGGGCAGGAGUCGGGCCGGGAUGGAGGAGCCCCUGCCAGGCCAGCGGGUGGACGAGGACGAGGACGAGGCCAAGGACGAGGACGAGGCCACAGGGGGGGACGCCCGGGACGUCCCACCCCACGAGGAGCACAUCGCCCGCCUGCUGGCCACCGUGGCCCGGCUGCAGCACCGCGCCGAGCAGCUGCAGCGCCGCCCCAGCAGGGAGGAUGAGGAGGGCUCGGGGGGCACCGGCAGCCUCCCCGCCGAGACGCAGCAGCCUCGGGAGCUCGACGGCGCGCGCUGUGCUGGCGCUGGUCUGGAAGCCCAUGGCCCCGACCUCUUCGCCGACCUGCAGCACGCCGUGAGCUCGCUGGAGCGCGCCGUCUUCUCCCGGCACCGCCGAGCCCCGGCACUGCCGGCGGAGUGGGCGCGGGCGGCCAAGAGCCUGGAGGAGCUGGAGCAGGCGGCGGGGGCUCUGCCGGCCGCGUGCCGGGGGCCGGAGCAGGGCGAGGGGCUGCUGGAUGCGGCGGCGAGGAACGCGGCGCUGCGGGCGGCCCUGGGGCACCGCGACGAGGAGCUGAGCCGCGCCACGGCCUCGCUGCGGGUGCUGCAGGGGGACCGCGAUCGGCUGCAGGGGAAGGUCCGGGACCUGCAGGAGGCUCUGGCCAGGCUGGAGGAGCCGGACGGCUCCGGCAGCGGCACCGCGGGGCUCGGCAGCGCCCCGAGGAUGGGGGAACCCCAGGACCUGCCCUUGUGCCUCCCGAGCUGCGAUGGCACCCAGCCCCAUGGCACCCAGCCCCACGGCACCCACAGCACCCAGCCCCAGAGCCCGCUCUCCCCCCAGCCCUCGGAGGGUGCCGGGCAGGAGCUGGAGGAUCGGGUGCAGCAGCUGCAAAGGUGCGUGGAGAGGCUGAAGGAGGUGAACCAGCAGCUGGUGGCCUCCCUGCGGGAGUGCAAGAGCGACUCGGAGCGGCUCAGCAUGGUGCUGGGGCAGCACGAGUCCCGCAGCAGCGCGCUGCGCCUGGCCCUGCACUGCAGCGAGCGCUGCGCAGACACCUACGCUGCUCUGCUCGACCAGGCGUGGGCGAAGCUGGGCAGGGGAAGGGACGGCCCCGGAGGUGCACAGCCCCGCUGUGAGCACGUACCGGUGAGGCCGCCUGCCCCGUGCCUAGGAGCAGCAGGGCAGCACAGCCUGGAGCAGGGGGCUGGGUCCGGUCCUGAGCCCACGCAGGGGCUGCAGCUCCCGCACCGAGCGGACCCGGACGGCCAGGAGGAGAGCGGGGCCAGCGCCUGCCCCGGGCUGCAGAGCGCCCCGGUGUCCCAGGGGACGGAGGAGGGGGCCCUGCGGGAGUCCAUCCGCCGGCUGCGCGCCGAGCAGGCGGCCGUGCAGGGGUCCCUGCGCGACGCCCCCACGCCCGCCCGCGCCCUCACCCGCCGCGGCGAGGACGCCCGUGCUCGUGCCGAGCGGGCUCUGCGCGACGCUCGGGCUCUGCUGCCCGGCUGGCGGCGGCUGGAGAAAGAGGAGCUGCUGCGGGACCUGGCGGCGCUCAAGGAGGCCAUGGCCGAGCUGAAGACGCGGCUGCAGCUGGUGGAGAAGGAGAAGCGGGGCCUCGGGGUGCUGGCGGCGGCGCAGGGGCCGCGGGAGGCUGCGCUGCGCCUGGUGCUGCAGCACCUGGAGAGGGAGCGAGGCGGGGGCUCCCCCAGCCCCCCCAGCAGCUCCAGCAGCAGCGAGGAGGAUGCCCAGGUCACCCGAAGGGGAGCGGCGGCGCCCAGGCACCCCACAGACCCGGAGAGGAUGGGGCAAGAGCUGCUCCGCGCCCAGGCCCGCAUCGAGGAGCUGCACGCCCGGGCACGGGCCCUGGUGCUCUCCCUGGAGCAGAGCAGCGCCGCCAGCCGCGCGCAGCAGGAGCAGUACGUCACCAUCAGCGGAGACUUCUUCCACGCCCACAGGGAGCUGGCCCUGGCGUACCGGGGUGCCCGGCAGAAGCAGGGGGCCCAGCUGCGGCGCCUGGAGGCGCAGGCGGGUGCCCUGCGGCAGCAGCACGCCCAGCGGGUGCAGGCGCUGGCCCGACGGCUGCAGGCCCUGGAGCAGGGCCCGGCUGGCAGCGAGACCUGCAUUUAGGGCCCCCCCCCCGGCCCCCCUGUGCGAUGGGGACGGGAUGGACCCACGGGGGCAAUAAACCGCUGAUGCUCGUG